AUUUGUUUGUGUUCGUCGGUCGCGGCACAACGUCGUUUCUCUACUGUCGUUCGUCGCAGUGAUUUUUACAGUUUCUCACCAUUGCUGGGUGUGUUUGCAAAUACACAGUUCUAGUGAGUUUUGGAAAAUAUACGGUGCGUUACUUUGCCGGGAAAAAUUAAUGUCCGCCACCACUCAACCGGGUGUUGCGUAUUGCGCACGGGGAAAUUGCAUAUUGUACAGUUACUAUCGAUCGAAGAAGCGAAGUUAGAAGUGCGAAGAGGCGAAAGAUUGUCGAUAAGACGGAGAUUUAAAACGUGAAAAAAAGUCAUACGGCUUGGAAGUUGAAGUGUCGGCUGAAGUGGAAGAAUUUACGGUCAGCUCGUGCCAAAAGAAGAAGCAAAAGGAAGGUCCACCCUUCUGCCAAAGCCUUGUGUGGUAGCGUAUUGCUAAAAUUGGUGCAUAAUAAUUACUGAAGUGAGCUAAUAGUGAAGUUAGAAAACAAGACACAAAUUAUUAUUCCAUACCAGAACAAGCAGUGUAGUUAGUUUCGUUCGUUUUGUGUGUACCAUCAAACUGAAACGAACACCCCAAUUGUCCGUCGGCAAAACAUACCUAGCCGUGUACGUUGCUUGAUCUUAGUGGCGUGUGUGUGAGAGUGUUUGUUGCUUGUGAUUUACAUAGAAUAGAAAAAAGAGCAUUAGUUUCUCAUUAUAAUUGCACUAAACGAAUCCAUUUUUGAUGUAUUUAAUCUCCAAAAACCUAGUGUUUGCGUGUAUAGCUAAAUGUCCAACUACCACCGGGUGUUUGAAAGAAAUUCAACGCGGAAAGUGAAAAAAUUAUAGUGAACUCGAUUUUGCAAACGUGUUAGUAAACAACGGCGUAGAUUUCUGUCACCCAGCAUCGCUGCCGUCUGCGAUGGGCAGUUUUUGUGCGUCGGAAAGUGAAGUUACCGACGGGAUGGUAUAAACGAUGACACUUCACUGUCAAUCAGAGCGUUUUCUAGCAAUAACAAACGGUGUGCGAUUUGGUUGAAGGAGAAAUAGUGGAUCAAAGUUUUGUAAGCGGAGAAACAGAACCAAUUAACCUUAGCGGUCACAAAAACGCUGUUCGAAAUGUCGGUCCAAGCGAAAAGGCAACACUGCUACCUGUGCGAUCUGCCGCGUAUGCCGUGGGCCAUGAUACACGACUUUUCCGAGGCGGUUUGUCGCGGGUGCGUCAACUAUGAGGGUGCGGAUCGGAUCGAGCUGGUGCUGGACACGGCCCGCCAGAUGAAGCGCAUCCAUUCGGCGGCUAGUGGUGGUGGUGCCGGCGGUGGCAGCAGCAGCGGUAAACGUGGCCACGAAAACGGCGAACUGUCACAUCGGUCCGUGCCGACGGCUGCCGGUCCCCAUCACUAUUCCGUCCGGACAGGGCCGAACGGACCGACACUGGUGGACUUUACGCCGAAGCACGAACCACACGACAUUGCCAGCGUGCGGGCGGGUACCCGGAUGCAGCAGCAUAUUCCACCGCAUCACAUGGCACCGCACGGUGCAGGCCGGCAGCAGGUUCCGCCGGCACUGUCGGUGAAUCUGAAGCGACCACCGCCGGAUGAUGACGAUCAUCAGAUGGAAGGGCCGACGGGCAGUGCGAAGCGCGGUGCCGAUGAUCCGAAUGUGGCCAUCCAGCGACCACCGCUGACACGUGGCGAAUCGUUACCGGCCGUACCGUUUGUGCCGGAUCGACAGCCCAGCUACAAGGAUAAACAUCCCGUGCGAACGGCAUCAUUCGAUACGGCCGCUUUCAAGGCACUCGACCAGAAACAACAAAAUGUGGGGAUUUUUGUGAACGCCCCAGUUAUGCCACGAGUCUAUCCGAACGUGAUACCGAUCGCGCCCGCAUCGAUGGGGGGCGGUGGGGGAGGUGGCGGCGGUGGCGGCGGCGGAGGCGAUAGCACACCACCGGCACCGUCCGUUGCACCGUUGCAAAGUCCGAUGGCGAACCUAAUGUCGAUCACCGAGACCCUUCCGCCCGGCAGUCCCCGCAAUGGGCCAAGCCCACCGGGCCCACCGCCACCGCGGACAGCGUCCCGCGGCUCACAGCAUUCGCCGAACAGUUCCGGCUCAUCGAGUGGACGAAGAUCUUCCGGCUCCAGGCAUGUGUCCAGCACGACGGUUACCUCGUCCGAAGCGCAACAACCCAACUCGUCGCUUCCGGGCAGCGGUGGAUCGACGACACCGAACGGCGGAAGCGCCGGUGGUCCAAACGGAGGCAACGGAAGCACCCCGCCCGUCGCCAUGGGUCCCGCUCGGUCCUGUGCCGGUGGUCCCGGUGCGAAUCCUGCCGGCGGUCCCAAUGCAAGUCCCGCUCCACCCGGCAGCGGUGGGCCACCGGGCAGCGGUCCCGGCAAUGGUGCACCCGGCGGACCGGGAGGAGCCGGUGGACCAGGCAGCGGCGGUCUUCCGCCACCGCCCGGUUCGGCACCGAGCAAUGCACCGCCCGGUACGGGUGGGCCAGCGCCGGCACCAGCACCAAACCCCACACUCAAAUGCACACUGUGCCAGGAAAGGCUCGAGGAUACGCAUUUCGUGCAGUGCCCUUCGGUUGGUCACCACAAGUUCUGCUUCCCCUGCAGUCGGGAGAGCAUCAAGCGACAGGGCUCCGGCGCGGAAGUGUAUUGUCCGAGCGGGGAAAAGUGUCCGCUGGCCAACUCGACGAUACCGUGGGCCUUCAUGCAGGGCGAAAUAGCGACCAUACUGGGCGAAGAGCUGAAGGUAAAGAAGGAGCGCGAAACGUAGAGAAGUCGGUACACCGUUGCCAACAGUGUCGCUGCCGGCCCUGUGGCCACGGGUAGAUUCACUAACAGCAGCAGCAGCAGCAGCGGUUCAACGUCCAGCGCAACAACAACGACGGGCACGGUUUCGGUGGGCGCCGGUGAAUAUUACACCCGGUCCCGGAUGUUGCUGUCCGUCGAUGGUUACGAUGAGGUGCGCGUCUGUGAGGAUGAUGAGCAGGAGGAGGAGGAGGAGGAGGCUGUGAGAAGGGGCGUCGAGCGAACUUCCCCGCCCGAGGAAUCGCCGGAUCCUCCCCGAUCGAUGGUUGGCACCGGUUACGGUGGCGGAAGGCGCGAUAUCAACCGCGAGCAUACAAUGCAAUCGCAUCCGGUUGAAACUGCUCCACCGCAGCAUCAGCAACCAUGGGAGACGGAUUUCUAUCAGCAAUCGCAACUUCAACCUCAACCAUCACCAUCAUCACCAUCAUCGAUUCCACCACAGCAGCAGCAGCAACAGCAGCAGCGUUACGAUCGUCAGCUACGAUCGCAUCGGCACACGCGCCACCAUCAUCAGCGUUGAAAGUGGACUGUUGGCCAACGGAAAUGUGUGGAGCGGCAAGCAAAUGUUCUUUGUCCGCUUUGUUUUAUAAAAACGAAGCGGAAACACACACACACACACACGCACGCAAACCCCCGGCGGAUUGUAGAUAGUUUUUUGAGAGAGAGGGUGGUACACACGAUGCUCUGCUCCGGGAACCGCCGCCGGUGCCGGAUCACUAUGAGCCGAAAGGAGCCGUAAUCUUUUCUUGGUAGUUUUUAAUGUAUCGUUUUUAAUAGUGUGUGUGUGUGUCGAGAUGAAGCAAAUUUGGGACACUAAGAGGGAGGGGGAAUCCUGUUUGCGAGUGGGAUUCGAUUGUACAUAGUUAGUUUGAGCAUAUUAUUGGGAGGGCACAGAAAUCCGGUAGGAGAAAAUGUGUAGCGAACUUCCCGUUGAAACGGUUUUGGUAGCAAUUAACAAUCAGAGGAGGCGCACAGGGGUCGAGUUUUUGGUACACAAAACGGACGCUGGCCCGUGUUUUGACGCAAUAGAAAAUUCCCCUUCUUCCCCGCUCUGCUCUGAUAUCGGGGUGGAGUUGGCUGGUCCGGUUUUCCGUUGGCUUCGUUCCUGCAAGAGUACAAUGGUAAUUUUUUUUUUCGUUUUAAGAUAGCGAACGAAGCCUUUGGGGGUGCGUCAAUAAUGAACGGCGGUAGUUUUGUUGGGAAGGAGAAAAGGACGCGUUGGGGAUGUUCCUUUCUUUUUCUUUCUUCGGGCGUUUUAAAGCUACCUUUACGUGAGAUAAGCAUAGUGUACAGCACGAAUUGUUCAAGUUUCAUUCUGUUUUAAACUGUUUUUAACGUGGGGCGAGAUCCUAACGAUCGCUUCGUCGAAGUUAGCCAUUGAGCGUAAACGCGAAGCCUGAUUCAGUUCUGUUUUAUUGUGGAAGGCGAGGAAGGCUUUAGACGCAGAUGUGUGACGCGCAAGGGAAGCUAUAACUCGAUUUUUGCGAGUUUACCUAUAAGUUGAGCAUGCCCACACAGGCAAAUUUGAUAUACAUACGCAACAUAAGUACACAUGCAUUCUUUAAACAAUUUUGUAUGAUUAAGCAGAAUACAGAGAGAAAGUGUGUGUGUGUGAGAGAGAGAGAGACAGAGAGGAAAUCGAAGAGAACAGAAUGAGGUGAAGUAAUGUUUUAAUUUUAUUAUGUACGUAUUUAUAACUGUAGUUGACGAUCGUAUCGUUUAUUUAAUGUUUUCCUUUUUUUGUUUUGGAAGAAAAAAAAAACUUUUGGAAAGCGGGAAAAACACACACACACACACACACACACAUUUUUCUUCCCACCCCCCCCCGGAACGAGUUGUACAUAUGCGAGCUAAUUGAUUAGCAGAAUCCGCCAGAAAGUCGGAGAGAGUGCGUGAGUAAGUUUUAUUAUUAAAAAUUGAGUGUAAGCAAACGUUUUUUUUUUUGUAUCUAAACCACAAAAGCCCCACGCGGUAAUGUAAUGUACUGGUUUUCUUUUUAUACAUAUACUAAUUAGUUACACAUUUCGAUUCCUGCAAGAGAGAAUUCAAUUAUUGCAUUAUGACAAAACAAGGGUUUAGCGGAGGAGCUCUAACAGAUCGUUCGGAAGUGAAUGAUGAUCGAACACACAAACAGUUGCAAAUACAGUGAAAAAAUUCAAUUAUUUUCUUCUGAAAAAAGAAGGUUUCGUUUGUUUUUCGUUUUUUUUUCUUUAUGUUGGUUCGGUUCGGUGUGUUGUAUUGGUUUGUUCAUUUCCAUUUAGCAGGUGAGUAUGUUUUCCUUUACUUUUAUCUAUUUUAAUUAUUUUUCUUUUCUUUUCAAUGUUAGUUGUGACUAGUGGUACUUUGUGUGUGUGUGUGUGCCCGCGCGUGACCAUAUUUUCACGUGUAUGAUAGUAGCCAGCAAACCCAAGAUGAAGUACCUUUGAACGAUAUGAACAGUAUCUGGAAUAUAGCAAUCGAACCAUUUUGUGGGGUGGCGGCACACGGCGUAACCACACCCAGUACUACCUUACCUAAGCAGGACAUAAACAAGUAACCAAUUUUUGACUGCUAAGCGAAGCAAAAUAUUAGCAAAGAGAAGAAAAAACACAAACAACAUAAAGCGAACACAAUUUAUCGUCAUUCGACAGGGAGCAGGGGGUAAGUGUAGAGGUUUUCCUGGGUAGUGACGCUCCGGUUCUCUUUCUCUCCUAUAAUAGGCAUGUGAAAUCAGCAAAGCUCUCUUUUAGCAAUUAGCAUGUAUCAUCCUUCCGUCGACCAGUAUCGGGGCGACAUUACUAAAGGACGCGUUUGCGCAAUAUAAUCACAGCAUACACAGCAUAAACGGCGCCAAGAUUUAGUUAUUAGCAGUGCGCGAGAGAAGAGGAUUACCAUUUUUCUUAGAUAGUUUAUUGAUCGGCACCGAGAAGCAAACCAAACUCGGGUAGCAAUAGAAGCGUCACGUUUACGGUGAAGGAGCUACCAGGAAACCAAUAGGGUGUUGAUUGCUAAGCGUGAUACCAUUUCCGAUUAGCGUGAUCCGACGACUUUAGCUUGAAUUGUUUGUUGAUAGGAUCGUUUCCCCACUUGCCAUUCUCGCUCGUCUUACGAUUCGCGGUGCUCUUUAAUUUCUUCCACCAAUGCAUGCCGCAAAACCGUUGACUUGAUAGUUGCUAGAAAUAUAUAUAUAAUUGUGCAGCAGUACAGGUAGAGGAGCGUUAUUAUGUUAAAAAGGGGGUUAAAAAGGGCCCAUAGGCCGCCUCGAAGCGCGAAGGAGGAAGCCAUCGCUAUUGUUUCCUUGAUCCGUACCACCCUUUAGAAUAUACUUAGAGUUUAAUGGCGCGUGAUUUCCAUUUUUGCUUUCACAGUAUAAGAAUUGUUCCGCGUGUGCGUGUGUUUCGUUACUCAAUAGCAGCCCCAAGGCCACUCGGUAGGGCGUCGGUAAAACCGACCGUCCGGUGCGUUUGGUCAGCGUUUGUUAGUUUUUCUUUUUAAUUUGCCAAGCAAACGUAAGAGAAAGUAGAAGCAAAGGAUGGAGAAGUUAACAGUUAAAAGCAUUACUAUUACACACUUACACACGCAGACAGAGAGACAGAGAAGGGAAGAAAGGUACUAUUGUAGCGUUUCUUGUUUCGUUAGGAGAAUGAUUCCUCGACUACCUUCAUGUUAGUGCGGAGCUCUGGAGGGAGCUCCCAUCAUCACCAUGUCCCCCAACCUGAGACAGCCAGCGCAGGAUGACGUUGUUUGAUUUCGAAUUUUCCAUUUGUACAUUUACUUAAGCAAAGCUGACGAUGCGCGGCGACACACGAUGUCCUUCCGGGGUUCGUGAUCGUGAUCGACACCCGGCCCCCGAAAGGCUCGUCGCUUUCGUCACAUUGGAACACAACACUCGCCAUAUUUGUACAUACUUGUAAACAACAAAGAAGAAAAGAAGAA